AUGACAGAGGAGGCCUCUCAAGCUCCCCCGCCCAAAGACGCCGUGCACCAGGCCGGCGGUGGCAUAAGCGGCGAAGAACACCACGGUCACAUCAAGACAGUCAGCGGACCCAUCUUACGCUACCUCACCAAUGUCUUCAACUGCCAUGCCGACGAGAACAAAUCAUGGCACACGGCGCAGGCCGCCACAUUCAUUCGCUGCACCCAAGCAGGCGAUCCUGACUCCAGCCACGAGGGGCUGCCCGCUGACCUGGCGGCCAAGGAGCAGUUAGACUUCAACGACUUCUUGCACUACAUGACCUCGGACGCUAGCAACAUGAUCAGGCCAUGCAAAACAAGUGACCAAGAUCUCACCUACCCCCUAUCCAGCUACUUCAUCAGCUCUAGCCACAACACCUAUCUCACUGGAAACCAACUCUAUAGCGAGUCAAGCACGGACGCCUUCAAGAAUGUCCUGCUGAGGGGAUGCCGUUGCGUUGAAAUCGAUGUCUGGGAUGGCGACGACACGGACUCGGAGUACUCAAGCAGCGACCUUGAGGACGACGAUCCUAAGAAAGCAGACCUCUACGCCAAACGGAAAGAGAAGGUGGAGAAGGCCAAGAAGAAGCUACCCAAGUCAUUGUUAUCAAAGUUGGAGAAGACGUCUCUGGGGAAGAAACUCGACAAAUAUGUCGACAAGAAGACGGAGCACAAGGCUGGUGCCGCGGCGUCACUGCCAGCAGAAAAGGAAGCCAAGCCAGCGGCCGGAGGAGAUGAGAAAUCAACACCAUCUGGUCCGCUCCAAAAAGUGCCCUCCCUACCAGUGGCAGCCACCGAACCGCGGGUCUUGCACGGCUACACUCUCACAAAGGAAGUCUCGUUCCGUGAUGUGUGCAUGGCGAUCAGGGACCACGCCUUUGCGGUGACGGAUCUCCCUCUCAUUGUGUCACUUGAGGUCCACGCGGGAGCCCAGCAGCAAGAGAUCAUGGUCCAGAUCAUGGAACAGGUCUGGGAGGGUCUGCUAGUCCCGCCUCCAGACAAGGACUCCGACGUCCUGCCCCCACCAGGCGACUUCCGCCGCAAGAUCCUCGUCAAGGUGAAGUACGCGCCUCCAGGGACAGACACGGCUGCUAUAUCAGACGAGGAUGCGGGUCCCGUCGACCCCGAGGCCGCCGCUAAGAAGAAGAAGAAGAAGCCUUCCAAGAUCAUCCAUCCGCUGAGUAAUCUGGGCAUUUACACACGUGGCGUGUCGUUCAAAUCCCUCACGCAGCCCGAGGCGAGCAUGCCGACGCACGUGUUCUCCUUGGCUGAGAAGGCGGUGGCAGAGCUUCAUGAGAAAGAAGCGAAGCAGCUGUUUGAACACAAUCGCAAAUAUAUGAUGCGAGCGUACCCAUCAGGACUCAGAAUUGGCUCCUCGAACUUGGACCCGGCGGGCUUCUGGAGGAAGGGUAUCCAGAUCGUGGCGCUGAACUGGCAAAAUUGGGACGAAGGCAUGAUGCUAAACGAGGGGAUGUUCGCAGGCACAGGCGGGUAUGUCCUCAAACCCGAGGGCUACCGCUGCUCCAAGCCCGGCCAGCCCGAGGAGCCGCAGCCCGUCGUCACCCACCGCACGCUGGACCUGGAGGUCAAGCUCUUCGCCGGGCAGAACCUGCCGCUGCCGCUGGACGAGACGUCCGAGAAGUCCUUCAACCCCUACGUCAAGCUGGAGCUGCACGUCGAGGAGAACGGCGAGCGCCACGGGAGCAGCGAGGAGGCCGCCAAGCGGCUGGGCGCCUCGCCCGACGAGGAAAAGGAGGGCCAGUACAAGGCGCGCAGCAAGACCAUCAAGGGCACAUGCGAGCCCGACUUCAAGGGCGAGAGCCUCGAGCUCAAGGGCAUCCCCGGCGUGGUGGAGGAGCUGAGCUUCGUGCGCUUCAUCAUCAGGGACGACGAGUCCUUCCGGCGCGACGACCUCGCGUCCUGGGCGUGCGUGAGGCUGGACCGGCUGAGGACCGGCUACCGGUUCGUGCAUCUGUUGGAUGCAAACGGCCAGGAGACGGAUGGCGUCCUGCUUGUGAAAGUCACGAAGAAGGUGUAUUGA